UAAUCCUGAUUAUUUGGGCAGGGCAUCUAUGUGAAGUCCUAACACACUAGGUCAGAAGGUCUCGAUCCACCUGUAUUUGUCCAAGUUGUGUGUCAGGUACUUUGAACAUUCUUAUCAGCCCUUGUUAUCCAUGUGAUGGCUUUUUGUUUUCCUUUUUUUUUGUGGCAGUCAGACAUUACUAUUGAUCCAUCCCUCCAGAAUGUCUGCUUUUUAUAUAUUUAUUUGGUCCAAUCCCGUCUUUUUUGCCCCGUCCACAAUCAGCCCUGCUGUUUGUGCCUUUUCGUGCUGAACUUGCCCAAUCCCAGAGAGGUGCUCGUGGAGUUCACCUGCUGAUUCUGGUUUCUGUCAGCGUUUGCUUAUGCCUUGGCUGUCUGAAAACUUGGUGCAUAUCUUCAUAUCUUCGUUUUUGGGGGGCAUGAUCACGGCUCAGAUUUCCAGUUCAGUCUAGAUCGUGAUGUAAUUUGAUUUUUAGAGCAUUUCCCCCUGCGUCCUUUGAAUCGGACCACAAUCUGUCCAAUCAGACCAAACUAUUCUGAAUUUGAAGGUCCACCGUGAGCUUUGUAUGUUAUUGAUCUCUCCGUGUUGUUGUGUAAUUGCAUAGUCUGUGAACCUUAUGUCUCCGCUUCUCCUGGGACUAAAGCUGAGAGCUGCAAUGCCUACUGCUGCUUCAGGCUGUCACUCCAGGAGCAUUCCCUGACCUCCGCUCGCGAGACCCUGUAAUUGCAUCACUCACUCACUUCCUUUUUCAUUUUUUUUUUUGAUUUUCUUUGGCUGUAUUUGUUAGUUGUGAAAUUCCGGCGCCUUGGUGUGAAUCUGACCUCGGAUGUUGGUAUUAACAGGCCCCUCCUGCCUGCACAGUUUCAUCACUCUAGAAUUUAGUGAGAUUGCACCGUUUUCCUUUUUUAAACCACAUGAAUCACUUGCGUAGGAAGGACAGUAAUGAUAAUUAGCUGAGCCCUGUGAAGGCCAUUGGUGGUCUCCGCGGAGGAGGGGACACACAGCAUGACACGUGGAAGGUCACAGACUUGCCGGACGCACAGCAUUUGUGCAACACGUGUUUGUGUGUGCGUCAGAAGAGGGGAAUCGGUUAUGAGGUCACGCUAUCUGAGAUGGCAAAAUGUGUGGCGAGAGGUUCCUGUUUUCUUUGCUUCUCCCCAAGGCUCCUAACGGCCACAGUAGGUGGCGUAACAGUGUGAUAUCGAACUCAAGCCUGAGAGCAUCUCCCUGGCAAGGAGCGCUAACCGCUGACAUUUAAUGUAAUCUGCUGUCAAAUUAUAACCUUAAAGGUUAUUUUCUUGCUGUUAUACAAGCACACAUGUGUGUUUUUGUUCCUCGGAUGCAUCAGAAGACACCUUCAGGUUGCCGGAGGUUCGCGGCACUGCAAUGACUGCCCGGAGCAGCAGCCAUGCCGGCAGACUGGGUCCCGUGUCCACACGGCCAGCCGCCGCGCCCAAGCUGCAGGUCCAGCGCUCGUUGUCGCGGGAGACCAUCACCAUCCACUUCUCCGCCCUCGGCAAGGAGGAAGAGGAGGAAGAGGACGAGCUCUAUGGGGUCGGCACGUCCGCUUCCUCUACCGAGGGCCUGGCUUAUGAAUCCCACAGUGUAGUUACGGCUCUGGAGGCCAGUGAGGACCUCCAGUUUGAGGGGAGUGGCUUGGACCCCUCAGCAUCUGAGAGCGAAGCGGCAGUACUGCCUGUUUCCUCCACCACGCUCCCCCCUGUCUCCGGGCCCCAGCAGUCGGCUCCCCACACCCAUAGUCCCGCCCUCUCCAUUUUGGCCAGCUCUUUCGACACCCCCUGCAGUUCUAGCACGGUCAGCUCCUCUUGGCCCUCGGGACAGAAGACGCCAGCCCCCCCUCCCACCCCCUCUUGUGCCUCCUCGGGCUCCUCCCCCUACAAAUCGGCCUUGCCUUCCAUUGAGAAGCCCCUAAUGAGCCUGGUGAAGUCGCUGUCCACGGAAGCAGAGCCUCGGGAGGGCUUGGCCACGCCCCCCACCGUGCGCCACCGGCACCUGAUGAAGACACUGGUGAAGUCGCUGUCCACAGACACCUCCCGGCAGGAGCCGGAAGUCGUGCAUUACCGCCAGCCGGACUCGCGACUCAACCUGCACCUGUUCAAGCCGUUCGCUCAGCCGCGCGUCACCGUGGCGGGCGACUCCAAGACGGCACCAUCUUCGCCUCUCACGUCGCCGGACAGUCGCUCCUUCUUCAAGGUGUCGGAGGUGGAGGCGCGCAUCGAAGACACCAAGCGGCGCCUCUCCGAGGUCAUGUACGAGCCCCUGCAGCUGCUCAGCAAAAUCAUGGGUGACGAAAGCGGGUCCUCAAGCGGUCCCAGGCAUAAGGCGCUGUCCUCUAGCGCCUCCGAGCUCUGCAACCUGGCCAGCGUUAACGGGCACCUAGAGAGUAACAACAACUACAGCAUCAAGGAGGAGGAAUGUGACUCAGAAGGAGAGUGCCUGGCAGGCGAUGAGGCCCCCCCAGCUGGGGCCCUGGGCCCUCGCACGACCACGUUUGCCCUGGAGAAGUGCUCCAUGUCGGCUCUGGCCCGGCAGGAGGAUGAAGAGUUCUGCGAGCUGUAUAGCGAGGACUUUGAGGGGAACACCGACACAGAGACUGAUGGGGAUGGGCAGGAGGAAGUGGUGCCCGCCUCUCCUCCUGCCCGCCGGGUCAGCGCCACCACGGGCGCGGGCGCCAGUGGCAACGAUGAAGUCGAGGAUGAGGAGCCGCCGCCUGCCAUCCCCAAGGCCACCCUGCUUGCCCUCACCAUCGCCAUCUACGGCUACUUCGUGAUACCCCUGCCCGCCUACAUCGGUGGGAUACUGCUGGGAGUGGCUCUCGGCUUCAUGCUGGCCAUCGGGGUCGUGUGGCUGGCAGCCCCUGGCCGGGUGGGAUCCAGGCCCCGGCACAGAAAGCUGAGGGCCGAGCAGUGGAAUGUGGCACGCUUGGACAUAAAGGAGCCCAGCAUGUUCAAGGGCUGGAUGAACGAGAUCCACAACUACGACCCGGAGACGUACCACGCCACUCUGACCCACUCGGUGUUUGUACGCCUGGACGGCUCCACCCUCCGCCUCUCCAAGCCCAACCGCAACAUCGCCCGCCGGGCCACCGUCAACGAGCCCAAGCCGGACGUCACCUACAUCAGCCAGAAGAUCUAUGACCUGACAGACAGCAAGAUAUAUCUGGUGCCCCCAAGUCUGGCGCGUAAGAGGGUGUGGAACAAAAAGUACCCGAUCUGCAUAGAGCUGGGCAAGCAGGACGACUUCAUGUCCAAGGCGGAAGCGGACAAAGGGGAUGCCGGGGAGGAGAGAGCCACUCCCGCAGAGAAGGAGGCAUGUGGGACGGGAGAGGAUGCCAAGAGGCCCCCCGCAACACAGGAUGGGGCGCGGGCGCCGGCCCACAAGGAGCAGACCCUCUACCUCUUCGGGAGGACAGGUAGAGAGAAGGAGGAAUGGUUCCAACGAAUGCUGGUGGCAUCCAAACUGAAAUCAGAGGCCAAGAAACCCACCAGUCUUCCUGCAAGCAAGAGUGCCAUGCUCACCACUCACAGCCGCAGCAGCAGCAGGGGCAGCCUGGAUGAGCUGCUGGCCGGCCAGCCGCGACAGAAGGAUCUCGCGGGCGGCGUGCGGCAGAAGAUGCUGCUGGACUACGAGGUCUACAUGGCCAAGUACAUGCCCCCGCAGCCAGGCAGCCCGGCUGGCAGCCCCAUCCACAGCGCCGAGAGCAGCCCUGGAGCAGGCAAGAAGCUGCCCAGUCGCCCUGGGCCGGAGGAGGAACCCGUGGCUUGGGUGAAUGCUUUGGUCGGCCGAAUCUUCUGGGACUUCCUGGGGGAGAAGUACUGGGCUGACAUGGUGUCCAAGAAGAUUCAGAUGAAGCUCAGCAAGAUCAGACUGCCAUACUUCAUGAAUGAGCUGACCUUGACCGAGCUGGAUAUGGGUGUGGCCGUCCCCAAGAUCCUGCGUGCAUCUAAGCCCUCUGUGGAUCAUCAAGGCCUGUGGUUUGACCUGGAGAUCUCCUACAGCGGCUCUUUCCUGAUGACGCUCGAGACUAAGAUGAACUUGGUGCGCCUGGGGAAGGAGGGGGACGCCGUACGCCCCGGCGAGCCGGGCAAGGACGGGCACAGGCCGCGGACAUACUGUCUAGCUGACAGCGACGAGGAGUCGUCCAGCGCCGGGUCGUCUGAUGAGGAGGACCCCCCCGAAAUUCCCCCGGACAAGAACCCGCUGCCGGGGGCAGAAGGAUACGUCGGGGGACACAAACCCAGCAAGAUCAUGCGCUUUGUGGACAAGAUCACAAAGUCUAAAUACUUCCAGAAGGCCACAGAGACAGAGUUCAUCAAGAAGAAGAUGGAGGAGGUGUCAAACACACCACUUCUGUUGACCGUUGAGGUGCAAGAGUGCCGGGGGACGCUGGCUGUCAACAUUCCCCCACCCCCCACAGACAGGAUAUGGUACGGCUUCAGGAGCCCGCCUCACCUGGAGCUGAAAGCCCGACCCAAACUGGGAGAAAGGGAGGUCACCCUCGCACACGUAACGGAUUGGAUUGAAAGGAAACUGGACCAGGAGUUCCAGAAAAUCUUUGUCAUGCCAAAUAUGGACGACGUGUGGCUCCACAUCAUGCACUCCGCCAUGGACCCCCGCUCUGGCACCGGCCCCGUCGCUGGGGAAACGGAAGCAGCCAAGGACACGGACUCCAUGGCGACAGAGCCACUGCCCACCGGUGACAUGUGAAGUGUGGCUGUUUACAGUAUAAGGCCAUGGAGGGGCAAGUUGGGAGAACAAUGGUGGCCUCCGCCCCCACCCCCCGAGCGUUACGCCCACAACCACCUGUGCCACAUUCCAGGAGGUGGGGGGGGUCCCCCUCUGUCAGAACGGGAGGCCGCUUGGCUUUGACCUUUCGGUUCCCUGCUGCCCUCCUUUCGAAGGAGCCAGGUCAAGCCGGGCCAACCAUGAAGUGUAAAAACAAACUUGCUGCUUGUUGUUCACCUGGACACAUGAAGAAAAGACUUUGACUUAAUUAUAACUGUGACCUGGCUGGUUUCUGGAGGGGGGUGAUUAGAAGAAAUGGGAUAUAGUCCUUUGGAGCACCUCAGUAAUGCAUUCACCCAUCUCCUUAUGUCCCGAAGUAAGGUGUGGGACACAAAACGGCGAUCAGUGUUUAUUCUGUAAGGAAGGAGAAUAGAGAAAAUUAGAACAGGGAACUGUGAUGGUUUGAUCAUUGGCUUUGAGCAGAGCGCCUUUCCUGUCAUGUUGGAUGCAAUGAGGUCUUGGUGUUUAACUGUGACUUGUGGGUGUAGCAGCGCACUGGACUCUGCAGGUAGGACCACCAGCGUGGAGCGAAUCGGUCAGCGUGUCCUGCUGGGGUUUUCAGCACUUAACAUUUUAAGGAAAGCGAGCUGCUUGGAGUCGCAGGUGUAGAUGGGUGUCUUGCACCCGUCUCCCACCUGCCCCCGAGACGUCCCUCUCGGUCGGCGAAAGAAUCAAGGGGUACCGGUGUCCAUGAUCCAUGGCAGCCAAACAGCCGGCCCUGCCAUCGAAAUUCCCCUUACUGGGAUUCUUACAGUCAACCUUAUGGGCGAGGGUGGCACAUAGACACGUGUGUCUUUGAUUUGCGAGUGUUGUUGGCAGGUUUCUAGGGCGGGGGUGGGGGGAGUGGGGUGACGUGCAAAGACAACUGACACCUUCGCGAUCGUAGAGCUACAUAUAUCUAAAAGAUGAAUGUUGUGGCCUAACACUUUUUAAUGAAUGUAUGACGACUCGUGAGCAAUUGACAUUGUUCUGCGUCCAAAUGCAGUUCUGCAUUAACAGUGUAAGUUACUAAAGCUAGCAAACAGGAUCUUCACACAACAACCUCCUCAAUGAGAGGCUCAGACUAUAUUUUGCUUUUUUUUUUUUUUUUUUUUUAUAAUUUUCCCCCCUCCAUGUUUUCUAUGCUUGCUACUUCGUAUAGAUGCACAAAGGUGUACUAGACAUGCCAAGCGCGACUUCACUUCUCUGAACGUAUCGUGAUGACGGACUUAAAUGCCUCACCUAGUGACUUUGAAAUAGCCAUAAUGAACUCCUGGUGGCCAUUUUUAUUUGAUUAUCAUUAGCGGAACCAUUCAGGUAAUAGCAUAUCUUUCAAAAAGAGAUUAAAUACAAUCAUUGUGCCCCGACCAACACAAGCCACACCGUAUCUCUCAGCACUGUGAGAGCGCGAGCUGAUUUAAAUAGUAAAUAAUCUCGUUAACACUAAUGGUGUCAUUGUCUUGCGCACACUUCUGAAAUGGUUAUACUUUAAAGUGUAUUUAUUUUUAUACAGUAGUGGCUUAUUUGAGAGUGAUCGUUUUUGCCAAACUCGGUACAUAAAUUUCACACCUUUCCUUUUCGGCAGAUCGCAGGCAAGCGAGAUGUGAGUCGAGGUAUGUGUUGGCACAAAUGCACUGUGUAUGUUUGUGGUGGAGGGUUUGGGGGAAUUCUACAGAGGGGCAGAUACUUGGUAUUUCUUGCCCUUUAAAAUGCCCAUGCUUGUGAUUUCGGCGCCUCUUGAUUUGCUGAUGUCAGCGUAGUUGAUAAAGCCAAAUGAGGUUGUUCAUUCCUGAAGUUGUUUUAUAGGGCAGAGCCAAGUUUGGUUGUUUUUUUGUAUCAGAUUACUUUUUAUUUAUUUACAAUUAUUUAAUCAGACAUCUUUUGAUAUGAUGAUGAUUUUUUGAUUGCACCUGGACAAUUAAAGCUUAUUUCCAAAUUGAAACCUGCUAUUAAUUUUCUCCAUUGAAUUGUAGGGCGUUAUUUAGAGCUGGGUUCUUGGGUGUGUGUCAGGAAAUCACUACUUUUAAGCAAGAGCUGAGACAGGUUAAGAUUGUGCUGGAGAAUUAGACUGAUGAAAGGUCUGGUUGACUGCUGUGUGUGUGUGUGUGUGUGUGUGUGUGUGUGUGUGUGUGUGUGUGUGUCAAGACCGUUCAUUUGCCUCCUCAUUUAUGUUUUCACUAUGUUGAAAGUAAUUAUGCCUUUUUCCUGAAGUAGUGUUACAAAUGUUAUUUGUUGAAUGGUGCUUCUUUUGAAUAUGAGAACCCUAUUGCCCUUGCCAUUUUGCCUCCCCCCCCCCCCAAAAAAAAACAAAAAAAACGUUCAUUAUUGCCGUCAGGUUAUGGUGUUAACAGAAAACUGCUUUUCAUUACGCCAUUAAUUUAUUUGUGAUACAGUGAAGAACAUUCCUGUUCACGUAUUUUCGUGAACCGAUGGUCAAUGUUUUAUGAAGGCUGCAUGUCAGUUUAAAGAAUGGCAUUUUCGGGUGUGCAAUAAUAUUUAUUUUCUCCUUUCAGCCAGGAUGAGAUGCACCAGUGUAUUGUCUAAUGUGCCGAGUGUUGCGUCCUACCACGGUUCAGAGUUAUCACUAGGAUUUAGGCUUGCCGUUUUAAAUAAAGUUUCUCCUUCAUCCCUUC